AUGGCUUUGCCUAGCAACUCGGCGGCCACUACCACCAUGGCUACCUUCGCCCGCAUGGUGAAGGGCCAGGUGCGUUACUACUCUGCGCCCUUGGAUAUGGCCAUUCCCGCCUCCAAGCAGAAGUAUAUCCCUGCCUCCGGUACCUACCCUAAGGGCUUCUCCGUCUCCGGAACCCACGUCGGCGUGAAGGCAUCCAACACCAGAUUCCCGGACCUGGCCCUCAUCUCCUCCGAGACGCCCUGCUCCGCCGCCGCCGUCUUCACCACCAACAAGUUCCAAGCCGCCCCGGUCCAAGCAAGCAAGAACACCCUGAAGACCACCCAAGGCGAAGGCAUCCGGUCCGUGGUAAUCAACUCAGGCUGCGCCAAUGCCGUGACAGGUAAAGGCGGCCUGGAGGAUGCCGUGAGCAUGGGCAGCAAGGUAGAUGAGUGCAAUGGCCUCGCCCAGCCCAGCACUCUCGUCAUGAGCACCGGUGUCAUCGGUCAACGCCUCCCCAUCUCCAAGAUCCUCAACAAAAUCCCCACUGCGCACUCGACCCUCUCCUCCACCCACGAUGCCUGGCUCACAACCGCCCGCGCCAUCUGCACAACAGACACCUUCCCCAAGCUCCUCUCCCAGACCUUCACUCUCCCCUCGUCCCCGGACCGCACGUACCGCCUCGCCGGAAUGACCAAAGGUGCCGGCAUGAUCCACCCGAACAUGGCCACGCUCCUGGGAGUCCUCUGCACCGACGCGCCCAUUGCCCCCUCGGCCCUCCAGCCGCUCCUCAAGCACGCCGUAUCCCGGUCCUUCAACUCCAUUUCCGUCGACGGCGACACCAGCACCAACGACACCAUCGCCAUCCUGGCCAACGGCGCUGCCGGCGGCGCACCCAUCACCUCGACCUCGUCCGCAGACUACACGGCCAUGCAGAACGUCCUGACCUCCUUCGCGCAAUCCCUCUCGCAGCUCGUCGUCCGGGACGGCGAAGGCGCCACCAAAUUCGUCACGGUCCGUGUGCAGAACUCCCCCGACUACGAGUCCGCCCGACUGAUCGCAUCGACGAUCGCGCGGUCCCCGCUCGUCAAGACUGCUUUGUAUGGAAAGGACGCGAACUGGGGCCGGAUCCUGUGCGCGAUUGGCUACACGCAGGGCGUUGCGGAGGGUACGGUGGUGCCGGAACGGACUAGUGUUAGCUUCAAGCCUGUGGAUGGCAGUGCGGAGCUGAAGUUGCUGGUGAACGGCGAGCCGGAGCAGGUGGAUGAGGAUCGCGCGUCGGUGAUCCUGCAGGAGGAAGACUUGGAGAUUGUGGUUGACCUUGGAGGUGGUGAGAAGGGCGAGAAGGGUCUUGGUGGAGAGGAGGCGGUUUAUUGGUUCUGUGACUUCAGUCACGAGUAUGUGACUAUUAAUGGUGAUUAUCGGACCUAG